AGUUGUUACGCGCUAAUCAGAGAUGGCUGACCAUGAGUCAGGUCAAUUGGCUUGUAAAACGUUGAAUAAAGCUAAAUCUUCAAAGUGAAUGGAUUAACUUACCAUUUAAAUGCAGUUGCAUAAAGUAACCUAAGACUUGGUUUGCCGAAAUGAAUUUUUACUUUUAAUGGUUGACCAAAAUGCAAGUUUAUAUGUCCUUUUAUUGGUUUUAGAGUUCGCUUAUGCUAACAUGCAACAGGCUAGUCAAGCUGGCUACCCUCCCUUCCACUAUCCAACAGCAAGUGAUCAAAACGCUCAGUUGCUUCAAGGUUAUGCGCUUUCUCAACAAGGAAACCCAGCUGCUGGAGUUCCAGGUUCUAUGUUUGGGGCUCAGUCAGCUGCUUCAUAUAAUUUUGACCAAACAGGUUCUGCUUACAACCAAACCUCUUCGAUCCCCGUAUGUCAGGUAGACGGUUCACAAGUCCCUAUGCAACCCGCUGCAGGAGGCUUUGCUUACCCUAAUUUCUCUGGGUCAUUCAAUCAGUAUCCUGGAAUGGGGCAAGGGAUGCCUCCUGGAUUGUCAGCUGUCCAAGCAGGCUUCAGUACCGAUAUGCAACAGUUUGGGCCACUCAUGGCUAAUGCUUUUGGGCAAACAAUGUCUGCCAAUGGAGCAAUUUUAGAGGCCAUAGCUCACGAACAAGGACUUGCAGGUUUUAAUCCAGUCGCUUUCCUCCAAGACCCAACUGGCACGAACACUCGCGGUGGAUUGGGCUCUGGAAGAGGCAGCAGCCAAAGAGGUGGAUAUAACAAGUUUGGCGGUUCUCGAUCAGGUUCCAACUUGCCCAGUGUCACUAAUCCUGAUGGACUCCGGGAGGAUACAAUUUUUGUCAGUAAUCUGCCUCAAAAUAUUGAUCACGAUGUGAUGAAGUCUCAAUUCGGUGUCGUCGGGAAAAUCAAGAUCAAUUCCAAAAGCGGUAUGCCCAUGAUAUGGAUAUUUAAAGAAAAAGGUAUACCUAAAGGCGAAGCGCUUGUGACUUAUGAAGAUCCAAGUUGUGUCCAAUCGGCUAUUCAGUGGUUUAAAGAGCAUGAGUUUUUGGGAAGGAAGAUUGAAGUCAAACAAGCUAUUAACAGCCAAAGACCAGUUAUUAUCCCUCCUGGGGGAGGUGGUUUGCUGGGAGGAAAUGGAAAUGGACCAAACAAUCCUGCUGCUGCUCUGGCUGUUGCAGCUGUGGCUGCGGCUGCCAGCGGGAACACUGUUGCCAGUUUGAUGAAUAACAGUGCGGCUGCUGCAGCCAGCCUUGCUGCUCUUACGGCGAACAACCCUCAGCUAGCUGCCCACUUUGAUUCCAAGGAGUAUCCAGGUAUGGGUCGCGGGGCAAGCACAGCGUCUAGAGGUGCCCGUGGAGCAAUUACCAAUGGUUCUUCUGUACGACCUAGCGUCGGUUCGGCUCAAGCAGGUUCAAGGGAAGGUGACUGGAGCUGUCCACAGUGUGGUAAUAUCAACUUUUCAUGGCGAGAACAAUGUAAUAGGUGCCAGUCAACUCGUUCAGGCGAUGGAUCUAGUAAUCCUGAUACGAAUUCUAGGAAUAACUUGAAUGCAACUAGUCGAAGUGCUCAACCACCUGCUGCAGUUAUGAAUUCCAGUUCUCAACAGAGCAAUCCCGGAUUUGGACGAGGCGGGGCAAUGAAUCCUACUUCAGGUGCCAAUCGAGGAGGUCGGGGUGGUGGUCCCAUGCGUGGAAGUAGUGUUGGAACAGGUCGGGCACGUCCAGCGCCUUAUUAAGCCAUCUAAAUUUGCCACUGUCUCUGCAAUUAGUGUCUUUGUUGUCUCACUAACUGGAUGGUUUGUGAAAUAUUGUAUUUGAACUAUGUAAUUAUGGUCAUAUAACCCAAUAAUUGUUAUAUGCUCUACUCCGG